AAAGAUCUGAUCUGUUGCAAAACUUUCAGCAAAUCAUUUUCGAAGAAUCUAAUUCAUACUCUUGAUAUGGGAGAUAUUAGAAGGAACUUCAGGUGCGCCGCAGUGGUGAUCCGCAUGGCAAAUUCGUUCGACAUGACAUGUUCCCAUGAGGUGGUCUGCACUCCACGUUGUUUUCAACGAGUAAGCCGUCAGUGUCAUCGGUUGACAAUGGCGCUCGCCUCCCUUUAUGGACAUCGUCGCGAAGUGUCAUGCCAUGCCCAUGUACAAGCUUUUUUGCGAUCACUUCAAUCCUUUGCAAUGCUGAUGGAGAAAAUGAUGCAGGAAAAGGAACGCGAAAAGGAGAGAGAACGGGAAGAGGGCGUGCACAAGAAAAUAAGUGUAGUAAGUUGUAGCUUAGUUCUUAAUUUGGUUCACUCUCCAUUAUCGGCAGUUCUUAAAAGUUGCUUGCUGUUGUCACCGGAACAUUACAAGCAGUUGGUAGAAGUCUCAUGGCAACUGCUGCUUGACGAAGAUCCACAUGUUGUUCUUUCUUCUGCAUCGAUGCUCGUGGCUGCUUGUGUUCGUCGACCGGAAGAUGUAGUCAAAGUGGUGAGAAAGUCGUUGGAAUCAAAAAAUGUUACAGAAAGAACUGAAGCUAUACAAAGGUUCUAUGCACUGUGGCGGAAUAGAUUUCAUGUAUGGCUAAAGAUGGAAGAAGGCGCCCAAGCCUCGUUCAAGGUGCCUCCUCCCGGCAUCGACUUCACCCUUCCUUCCCCUCCUAUCGGUCAGAGUCAGUUGCCGGUAGUGGAUCCCCCGUGGAUGCCUCAUCUAAAGACAAAGAUCGAAGAACUCUCGCUGAAGGAGGAGGAACAUGCAACCUCGCAGACCAUUAUGACGAUGACUCGUACGCGGCGGAAACAAAAACAGGAAAUGGUCAAACGAGCCGUUAGAGAUGCUGAAGAGCGUCACUGUGAACAGCGACAGCUUUUCAGGCUGCGGUGCUCGGCAAUCGUUCAGCAAGCCGCUUACGAACCAGCUCUCUUUCAUCAUCAGGAGCAGGGAGAGGAAUCCGAAAUUUCUCACCAUCCUGCUCGACAUCCAUUGCCAGUUGCUCAACCGUUGUUUCCCUCGCCACUGCUAGCCGUCAUCCCUCUUAUUAUCGAGAUGCUGGACGAUCCACAAGUCGACAAAAACGGCGUUUCUGUCGGGGAUGUCUCUCGAAAAGUGAUCUGGACAUGUAUUGUGGAGGAUCCUUCAUUGUUCUUUCGUCACUUUCUCGAGAAGCUCACCAAUCGAGAACGACAGGUAGGAUCGAUCAUGGUGAUAACCUAUGCCGAAUAUUUAUACCUCAUGUCUCUUUUGCGCAAACUGAUCCUUCGCUUCAAUCCGCUGCCUAGUCAAGCUGCUUAUUCUCUUCUCAAUUAUUUGUUCGGGUUUGUUAUGCACUAUGUGCGAGCUCAAUGCGAAGGCUCAGAUAAGGCGCUGGGCAUGGCGCUCUCGUUGACGUGGAUUUUAGCACCGAAUGUUCACGGCCUCUAUUUCAAGGACCUCAAACAAACACUGAAGAAAGAGCAGUGUGACCAAGCCCUCAUGAUAACUGCAAACGUGCCGUCGGCUAAGAAGAUCAUCGUCCAUGGUCCAGAUUCGGGGCUAGGGGGAAUUCCAAGCCAGUUUCCCGUCCACGAAGAUACUCAGUUUCAGCAGAUUCUAAGUGAUAGUAUUGAGUUUUUCAAUAUCGACGAGAACGAGGUCAACUCAUACUUUCUAACAGAUGCUAAAACUGGUGUUCUGCACUUACCUUCUUGUUAUAUCAGGGAUUUUUACUUUUUUCAUCGCUCCUUCUAUCCACAGCUAUCUUUGGUAAAAUUGGAUUUGGACGAGGCUCAGUUGAAGAUGCGUGAAACGGCAUUCGCUCAGCGAUUCAUUGAAGUCGGAAAAGUUCUGCUCACACAUAAUAUACUCAAAUACAGUCCUCAACAUGUGAUUGCUCAACGGGUUUUCUUUCUUCACGAUGAACUGACUCAUUUGCCGUCGUUUCCUCGGAAGAGUCUCGAAACGUGCUUUGGAAUGUUUCAUGGCGAGAUGGGUGAACAGCUGAAAGCUAUGGAAGCCAUGCAUAAGUUCACGUGGGCCAAGUUGAUGUCCGACAUGUUCGAAAAGAUGGAGAACGCGUUUAUGUUUGCUGACUUGCAUCUGUUUAUCAAUGUGGUGAACGGUAUAAUGAUCAUGCACUGUGAAGAUCUUUUGAUUCUUCGUCGCUGCGCCGCCACCUAUAUCGCCAUGAGCAUCCAUUUCAAUAGCUUAUUCGCUAGUCAGGGUUUCUUCCUGAUCAUGCCUACCCUUCUGCGAUGCUAUAGUCAGCGACAGACGAAUCGCGUUUUCUGCUCAGUGGUUGAAUUUCUCUGUCGUCAGUUCUAUACACUACAUCGGAAGCCAUUUCUCCUACAAAUGUGUGGAUCCAUCGCUAAUAUCAUCGACAACAACAACAACGACUUUGAGAUCAAUCCGAUGCGAGUGAAAGCGAAGUACUGGUUCACACUUUUGAAGAACAUGGAAAACAUGGGAGACGAAACGGACCAAUUUGAUAUUCUUGGCUUGGUACCAUAUGAUAAACCGCUGAAGGCGUUGGAUCUUUGCUACCGAGACGAUCCCAACACGUUUUGUCUGCUAACUGAUGCCAUAGCUAGCUGUAUUUGUGUGUGCGCGUUUGCGCCGGAAAGUAAACGAAGUCAUCAUAUGCUGCUAGUCAUGGCAGCUCUUCAGCCUCAUCUGAUUCGUCGGAUAGAGGAGGAGACUAUGCUUCAGAACAACUCCCAUGCCGCAGUAAAGCACGAGGUGACACAGUGGACAACGAUGUGUGUAGAGAUGAAAGCUCUCAUAAACAGUUGCGAUGUUCUGGCUAGAGGACCACAACGUGCAUUUGAUCUGGUGAACACGGUAUCUGAGCGAGGAAAGUCGUUUGUCGCUGAUUCGCCACAGUUUUUUGAUCCUCCCACUACAAACGAAGAUGAGAAUAGUCGUCCGUAUCAUGUGAAGGAGAAGAAAUCCGUGGCUAUAGGCUGGGAAGCGGCUGAUGUUGAGGAAUCGCAUAAAGAGAGUUACAGACGCUCACGUGAUACACUACUUUGUUUAGCUGCUCAAUUCAUCGAAAUGGCAACACCAAGGCUGAAGGAACUGGCAAAACUCAGUUCAGCAAGUGAGCACACGAAGAUUCCCGAAGUAAUGGAUCAUAAGUGUCAUGUGAAGCUGAGUGAAAUCGCCUUGGCCCUGCUGAAGAUCGCUUCCUACGAUUUGACAACGAUGUCAUGUCUCGGUUUGCAAAAGUACUUCACGACGAUCAUGCCAGUCACCGACUGGUCGAUUGAGUCAAAUCGCUCGGCAUUGGGCAUUAUUCUAAAACGUCUAGACAAAACAAUCGCAAAGAUAGCCAAGAGACAAAGCAUUCGACGUCGGGUGAAUUGGGCAGCUUUGGCCAGCUGGAUCAAAGGGAUAUGCGAUACUUUGUCCGUCUUUCCCUACAUGGCACAUCUGAAUCCCUUGAAGUCGACUACCCAGCUCUGCUUGCGAAUUAUUGCUGGUGACACUUUUCACGAAGAGGGUGUAGUGGCAAGUCAUCCAACAACAGUACUGCACUCGUCACCACCACCGCCAGUAUUUUGCAACGCCGUACUGAGAAUGACGAUAAUUCUGAUGCAAGCAUUAGGGCAGGCAUCAUUCUCAUUGGAAAUGGUUUCUGGUGUGGAAGGUUUGGGAGCAGCAUCGGAACGUGUAGAGGCUGUACUAUGUCAUCUCCUCAUACCUCUUUUUCUGCGUACUGCAACGAAUCCGAAGGAGGCAUCGAUCAUACAAGGAAAAGAUCUGACAUUUUGUCUGUCGUUGAUGCAGCACGCUAUUUCUCCACCAGCUGGAAAGCACAGCACUGCACCGCUGGCCAACACCUCAACACUAGCCACGUCAUUCAUCAGAGGUGCUCAGCACGACAUAUCCGGGAGGCAAGGCUCCGUGUCCGUCACUGAUCGCGGGCACUCAGCAACCGUCUCAACUUUACGCAUUGUACGGGACAGCGUUUCACAGUGCAUAUACCUAGGUACCCUCAAAGUGAUGAUGCUUUGUUUUGGAAAGUUGCUCACUCCGAUGUGGCCACGUGUAGCUCGUCUCGUUAAAGGUUCCUUUGAUUUUUGGACAAUCAUUAAAAACGUGAUCAAUUGUUAUUUGAAUAUACCGAAUCUCCCCAGUCGAUAUAAUUAUCGUGGUUACCUGGACUUCUUGGAAGACCAUAAUUCUGAAUCGAGUACCAAGUGUCAAAUUGAACUGACUCAACUGAAAGAGGACCUGUCGUGUCGGCCGCUAGACCUUCCCAGGUCGUACACCCCUACGGCAACCGAUCAACAUUCGGAUUCGUCAGCUGCAUCUAUUCCUGCACGGAAAGAUCGCAGAGCGAGCACGCGGAAGCAUGCCCCGAUAAAAGAAACUGACGAAGGAACGAUCUUUGAAGAUAUCGAAGACGAGGGUGCUGAAUCAUCCCAACCGUCAAGCAGCCGGGUCACUAAGAGCCCUAGUGUGCCACUUAACAAGAUAACUACAUCGCCAAGGACUCGAUCGAUCAGUGGGUUUGGGAUGUGGCGGAGUAUACGAAGGAAGUCCCGUCACAUCUCGACGGAAAGCGAGAGCGAUGGCGAUCGAAGCCUUGAACUGGUCGAUGUUCAAAAACGAGAUGAUCCAAACCCUAACCGUACUCCUGUUCGCCGACUCACAGAAGCGUUUGUACUUCCACUGCACGAGACGCUCGACGCCAAUCGACAGCGUUGUAAGCAAUUUUGUCGUGGGGCUAAAAGCUAUCAUACACUUUCAGAGUUUUAUUUCCCUCAAUAA